CCGUUUUCCUUAUUCGCUCGGAGCGCAAUGCAUUCUGGUACUUGUAGUUAACAACAACACGGCAAUCGGCGCGCUCUUCAAAUCAUUGCAAAUAUCGCUCAAUCGCACUGUACGGCUGUUUACGAUUUAAAAGAUGGAUAACCCUUCAAUUACCAAAAAAACAAAUACAGAUACUUCUUCAAACAAUCGCCCUAGUUUUUUUCAAAACUCUAGCCCGGGGCAACUCGUUGUAUUACAGCAAGAAGAAGUACCAGAGGCUACCAGCAAAAUGGCGGUACGGAGUGACGUUACCUUCGAUGAUAACUUCGUUGAUCUCAGAGAUGGAAGCUGGACCGUUGAUUUGAAAUGUAUGCCUAGAUUUACGGAAAGCCGUUUGAAUGAGAAACUUAUUGAUAACGCAAUGAACAUGCCUGAUCAUAUUGCACCGAAUGCCUACAGAAACAAGCUCCAAGGCUACAAGUUGUGGAAAGAAGGGUACUUGAGCAAAGUGAGGGUCAAACCAGAUGUUGAAUAUGGUUGCGUUACAUUGUUUUUGGUAAAAGCAUUUGUUUCUGCUUCAAUGAAGAGCAUUAAAUACAUAGUUUAUGCACAUUUAGACCAAUCAACAGGAACAGUAGUUAAAGCAAAAUGCAACUGUAAAGCUGGACAAGGUGGUUGUUGUAAACAUGUUGCUGCACUCCUGUAUACUCUUCUGGACUUUUCGAAUUUGGGCCUGCCUUGCGUUCCAGAGGAUUUGACCUGCACUCAGGUGCUUCAAAAAUGGUGUGAGCCUGGAAGAAAACUUAAUUCAACUGUUGCUGUCAAAUUUGCAGACUUGAGCUUUGAGAAAGCUAUGCCUGAAAAAGACAAGUCUUGCAAGCGUAAAAGGCCAGCAGUUUCAGGUAGCCGAACAGAUUCCUGUGCAACCCCUCCAUUUGCAAAGGUUGUUGCCAGUAGUAAAAUUCAAAGUUUGUAUGAAUCUUUAGAGAAGGCUGGGAAAGCCAACUUACUAGCUCAAACUCUGAAAGGCAACGAGUUUAAACCUUGUGACUUUUUUGAACACUCUGGAAAUCCAGCACAAGAAUCAGCACCAUCCAGCAAUUUUAUGGAAAUGUCAUAUGAUAUUUUCAAAAACAUGCAUGCAGAGAUGGAUUCUAGUCUUUUUGCCAAGGCCACUUCAGCCAGUAUAGCCCAUAAUGUUGGAGUCACUUUACAAGAUAUUAAAGUGAUUGAAAAAGAAACAAGAAAACAGGCAAGCAGCCACCGCUGGUUCUUAGAAAGGUCAAAGCGACUGACAUCAUCCCUUUUUGGCAGAAUCUUAAGAAGAAGGGAAAAUGUGUUUCCAAAAUCUAUUCUUGAUCAAAUAGCUAAAAGGAGGGAUGGAACUGGGCCAAAUACAGCAGGGUUACAAUGGGGCAUUGAAAAGGAAAAGGUGGCUUUAGAAAGGUACAAAACAGAAUUCUGCCACCAAGGUAAUGUUGUUGAGUGCGGUCUGAUGAUCAAUCCUAAAUGGCCAUGGCUUGGUGCAAGCCCUGAUGGAUUGAUAAUUCAAGAUGGGAUGCUUGUAGGCGGCAUAGAGAUUAAGUGCCCUUACACAAAAAGGAACUUAACUGUUCAAGAUUCAUGCCAAGAUAAAAACUUUUUCAUGGGAGAUUCAGGAUCUGGGCCAAAUUUGAAAGAAAAGCAUCAUUAUUAUUAUCAAUGCCAAGGAAUAAUGAACAUAAUUGGCCUUUCAUGGCUAGACAUUAUUGUUUAUACUGACAUAGAUAUAUAUGUGCAACGUUUAGAAUGUGACUGUCAUUUUUGGAAAACUGUAAUGUUACCAAAGUUAGCAACAUUUUUUGAAACAUUUAUGUUGAUAUAAAUUAAAAUAUAUGAUAUUUAUGAUGCGUUGAAGCCAAAUGAAAUCUGUUUUUACUGCUUUUAAAUAACUGCUAUGUCAUUUUGGCAUUGGUUAGAAUGUCAUGUCUUAAUGGGAAAAUUUACAAGUCAGGACAAUUUUUUCAUCUCCAAAAUUCUCUGAUCAUGAAAAAAAACAAACAAACUGAAUUUCUAGAGCUGAGCUGAAAUCAAAUUAGAGUUUAAAUGGUGUAAUGGCUAUGUUUAAGGAAAUGCUACAGUCAUCAAAUGCUACAGUUGUAGGUGGGGUAGGGGCAAAAUUAUUUUGUGACACAGGAGACAAUUUCCUCUCACUUCCUAAAUUGAAAUGCAAAAAAUUUAAAACCAUUGCCCAAGUUAAUUGAUGAAAAGUGUAUUUCCAUUUAAUUUAAUGAUAAAAGAAAUUUCCUAAAAAACAGUGAUACAAAGACAAAAAAAAUUUUUCAAUUGUAUGAAAUCACAUUUAUUUCUUAGCUAUAAGUGGUGGUAAAAAGUUUGAUAGAUAUGCACAAACCACCCAUACUUUAUCCAAAUUAGCAGACAUUGAAAUUGGAAAUAUUGUUUUCAGUAACUUAAAAGUUUUUAUUCGUCUAAUGGCUCGCUCAACAUGUACACGUAGGGAGGCAAUUCUUCUGGUUUCUGUUUCUUCUUCUAAUGUCAAUGAAGCUUUUUCCUUGAGAAAAGGGGGUAUAUUCAGCCCUGUUUGUGGUGGAAGAUCAUCUUCUAUGUUAAACCCUUUGUCAGCCAUGAUUGUAUCACCUGCUUCCAAAAGGUUAAGGAUACCACAAUCCCUUGUGACUGCUUUGUCACUGCAUCUGCCAGCAUAUAGGUGUGACACAAAUGUUACUGCACCUGAAGGUGCAAUACCAAGCAAGCCCUUUGCAGUAUUGCAAUGUUUGUAGUUAGAGUAUGUUUCACUCUGUGACCUGAGUGAACUAGGCAUUUCCAUGAAUAUUUCAGUAGCAUCCAAUAUCACACGUGUACUUGGGUACAUUUCUUUGAAUGCAUUUGGCAUUGUUUCAUCAAUAGUUGACCUUGAUGCCCAUAUUGGCAGCUGUCUAAGCCUUGUAUAUAGGAAAUCAAUCCAGGUGAUGAAGAUCCUAGAAAAAUGCCCAACAGAAAUACCUGCCCUGUAAGCUAUGUCUUUUUCUAAAAGUCCACACCGUAAACGUACAAGGACAAGAAACAACUCUUGCUCUAGUGCCAGUGUUCUCUUUGGUCCACGCUUUGGAUUCUCAAGGCAAAUUGUAUCUGCAUUUGUGUUUGACUUGUAGUAUAUAAGCUUCUCUGCUGCUGGCAUUAGAAAAUCAAAAAAUAUCAGAAAUGUUUCAUGAUCUUGGAAACCAGUAUAAAAAUGAAAUAGUUCAGUAUCAUCCUUUAUAUCAUCAACAUGAAAUGAUACUUGUUUAAUCUUUGCUUUCAUUGAUUCAUUCUCUUUUUUAGCCUGACCCAAUAUUUUUGUAAGAGAUUCUAUUUCAUCUUUGUGCUGUCUUUCCCUUGCUUCCAUUUGCUUCCUCAGAGCAGCAAGCUCAUUUGCCUGGUUGUCAGAAUUAACUGCCUCAGGUAAGUUCUCAUCACCAUUUGCAAUUACUUCGACAAGUUUUUCCCGAUCGAAUCGUUCUUCCGUGAGGGCUCUGUUACGACAUUUAAAUGUUGCUCUUGGUUUUGGUAUGCUGGGACGAGUUGCCUUUGGAACGAUGAGCGGCACGUUGCUCAUGUAAGUCUUUUUUCCACCAACGAAGUGUACCGAACAAACCCUGUGUCCAUUCGUUGGUUUGAAGUCCUUGCGACUGAUGAGGGAUAUCCAUCUUUUCCUCAGGUCGAUCUUCUC